AUGUACGGCACCGGUACUGGCGCUCAGACGGGCGUGUCGACCCCUCGGUCUUCUGCCUCCCUCCGACCUCUGACCGUCUCGCACGGCACUCUCGAAACCUCUUUCCUCAUCCCUACAAGCCUCCACUUCCACGCCCUACAACUAAAAGACCGCUUCAGUGCGAGUCUCCCACCACCAACCGACGAGCUCGCCCAGGAUGACGAGCCAUCGUCCACCCCUGAGCUCGUCGCCAGGUACAUGGGCUUCAUUGCCCAGGAGGUCGAGAAGGGCGAGGACGACUCCCAGGGCUCCUACGAGGAUGUGCUCAAGCUGAUCCUCAACGAGUUCGAGCGUGCCUUCCUCCGCGGUAACGAUGUCCACGCUUUGGUUUCCACCCUGCCUGGCAUCGACGCAAAGAAGUCAGAAGUCCUCCGAAGCUACUACGCUUCCAGGUCGGUCCUGAACAGGGCCGUCCGCCCCCACCAGUCUGCCCUCUUCCGCGCAUCUGAGGAAGGAGAUGCCUCCAUCUACAACAUUUUUGGUGGCCAGGGCAACAUCGAGGAGUACUUCGAGGAGCUGCGGGAGCUGUGGCAGACCUACCCAUCCUUCGUCGGCGAGCUCAUCAUGACUGCCGCAGAGCAGCUGCAGACCCUCGCCAACAACCCUGCCGCCGAGAAGCUCUUCACCAAGGGCCUGGACAUCAUGAGCUGGCUGCAAAACCCAGAAGCCACCCCGGACGUCGACUACCUGAUCACCGCUCCUGUGAGCUUCCCGUUGAUCGGACUUGUGCAGCUGGCGCACUACGAGGUCACCUGCAAGGCCCUCGGAAUACACCCAGGCACUCUGCGGGAGCGCAUCAGUGGCACCACUGGUCACUCUCAAGGUGUCGUCAUGGCAGCUGCCACUGCCGCGGCCGACUCCUGGGAGACCUGGCCUGAAAUCGUCAGGUCUUCGCUCUCGAUCCUGUUCUGGAUCGGAGCUCGCAGCCAGCAGACUUUCCCCCGAACCUCCAUGACUCCUUCGGUCCUGCAGGACUCGAUCGAGAACGGCGAGGGAACCCCCACGCCCAUGCUGAGCAUCCGUGACCUCUCGCAAGAGCAGGUCCAGACGCACAUCGAUGCCACAAACAAGUACCUGCCCGCCGACCGACACAUCGCCAUUUCUCUUAUCAACAGCCCGCGUAACAUGGUCGUGACUGGACCUCCCAUGUCCUUGUACGGUCUCAACCUGCAGCUCCGGAAAGUAAAGGCCCCUACGGGUCUCGACCAGACGCGGAUUCCGCACACGCAGCGGAAGGUUCGAUUUGUCAACCGCUUCCUGCCCAUCACUGCUCCAUUCCACAGCAAGUACCUGGCCGAGGCAACCGCUCUGAUCGAUGAAGACCUCAAGGAUAUCAAGAUCGACGCCGCGUCCCUCGCAAUCCCCGUCUACGACACCAACACUGGCAAGGACAUUCGCGAGGAAGUCAAGGGCAACGUCGUGCCAACAUUGAUUCGCCUGAUCACGCGCGAUACCGUGAACUGGGAGAAGGCGACAGUCUUCGAGAACGCGACACACGUGCUGGAUUUCGGCCCGGGUGGUGUUUCUGGCCUCGGCAUCCUCACCAGCCGUAACAAGGAGGGCAGCGGUGUCCGCGUCAUUCUUGCUGGCACCGUCAGCGGCUCAGCCAACGACGUCGGCUACAAGCCCGAGAUCUUUGACCGUGACGAGGAGCAUGCUGUCAAGUAUGCCAUCGACUGGGUUAAAGAGUACGGCCCAAGGCUGAUCAAGAACUCCAACGGCCAGACCUUUGUGGACACAAAGAUGAGCAGGCUGUUGGGCAUUCCCCCGGUCAUGGUUGCCGGUAUGACUCCCUGUACGGUGCCAUGGGACUUCGUGGCUGCCACGAUGCAGGCUGGAUACCACAUUGAGCUGGCCGGAGGUGGUUACUUCGACCCCGGCAUGAUGACUGCGGCGCUCCGCAAAAUCGAGGGGGCCAUCCCUGCUGGUCGCGGUAUUGGCGUCAACCUCAUUUACGUGAACCCAAGAGCCAUGGCCUGGCAGAUCCCCAUGCUCGGCAAGUUGCGUGCCGAGGGUGUGCCAAUUGAGGGUCUUACAAUUGGGGCUGGUGUCCCUUCCAUCGAGGUUGCUCAAGAGUACAUUGAGACUCUGGGUCUGAAGCACAUUUCCUUCAAGCCUGGCUCUUCUGAAGCCAUCCAGGCCGUCAUCAACAUCGCGAAGGCAAACCCCACAUUCCCUGUGAUGCUUCAGUGGACCGGUGGUCGUGGCGGUGGUCACCACUCGUUUGAGGACUUCCACCACCCCAUCCUGCAGAUGUAUGGCAGGAUUCGUCGCCAGGAGAACAUCAUCCUCGUUGCGGGCAGUGGCUUCGGCGGUGCCGAAGACACUUACCCUUACAUCACCGGAGAGUGGUCAAAGAAGUUUGGCUACCCCCCGAUGCCCUACGAUGGAUGUCUCUUUGGUAGCAGAAUGAUGGUGGCCAAGGAGGCGAAGACGAGCCCUGACGCCAAGAAGGCCAUUGUUGAAGCCGAAGGUGUUGAGGACAGCGAGUGGGAGAAGACAUACGAGAAACCCACCGGUGGUGUUCUCACGGUCCGCUCUGAGAUGGGCGAGCCCAUCCACAAGCUUGCCACCCGUGGUGUUAGGUUCUGGGCUGAGAUGGACAAGAGGAUCUUCACUCUGCCCAAGGAGAAGCGGGUCCCCGAACUCAAGAAGAACCGCUCUUACAUCAUCAAGAAGCUCAAUGAGGACUUCCAGAAAGUCUGGUUCGGCAAGAACGCGGCUGGUGAGGCGGUCGAUCUCGACGACAUGACCUACGGUGAGGUCGUGCGCAGACUGGUCGAGCUGCUGUACGUGAAGCACCAAUCUCGCUGGAUCGAUCCCACCUUCACCAAGAUGACCGGAGACUUCAUCCACCGUGUGGAGGAGCGCUUCACGUCUACACCAGGCAAACCCUCGCUUCUGCAGAGCUACUCCGAGCUGGCCGAGCCGUACUCUGCUGUCGAGAAGAUCCUGUCGCACUACCCUGAGGCCGACAAGCAGAUCAUCAACGCCCAGGAUGUCCAGUACUUCCUGAACCUGUGCAUGAACCCCUUCCAGAAGCCAGUCACCUUCGUGCCAGUCUUCGACGAUAACUUCGAGUUCUACUUCAAGAAGGAUUCUCUCUGGCAGUCCGAGGACUUGGAUGCCGUCAUGGAUCAAGACGUCGGCCGGACGUGUAUCCUGCAAGGACCUACCGCGGUCAAGUACUCCAAGGUUGCCGACGAGCCUAUCAAGUCGAUCCUCGACGGCAUCCACAAUGGCCACAUCAGCUACCUGACCCGCGACAUGUACGGUAAUGACGAGACCAAGAUCCCUGUCGUUGAGUACUUCGGUGGCAAGCUCGUUGACUCCGAGAUUCCUAUCGACUCCGAGGGUGUUACUGUGUCAUAUGAUAACAACAAGAACACAUACCGCGUGUCGAACUCUCCCACGGCAGUCCUGCCUUCGAUCGAGGACUGGCUUGCGCUUCUCGCCGGGCCCAAGCGUUCUUGGCGACAUGCUCUGCUCCUGUCUGAGGUCGUUGUCCAAGGCCGGAAGUACCAGACGAACCCCAUGAAGCGCAUCUUUGCGCCAGCUCGGGGAUUGUAUGUUGAGAUCCUGUACCCCAACACUCCGGAGAAGACGACCAUUGUUGUCAAGGAGCAGCCCCGCCACAACCAGUAUGUGAACGUCAUUGAGGUCAAGAUGGAGGCAAACAACAAGAUUGUCGUCAACAUGGUUAAGGACACCACGGCCCUCGGCAAACCCGUCUCGCUACCUCUCGAGUUCAUCUACCACCCUGAGGCUGGUUACGCACCCAUCCACGAAGUCAUGGAGGGACGCAAUGACCGCAUCAAGGAGUUCUACUGGCGAGCGUGGUUCGGCGACGAGAAGUUGGACCUCGACGCCCUUGUUACUGGCAGGUUCGAUGGUGGCAAGGCAACCGUCACCAGCGAGGCCAUCAACGACUUCGCUCAUGCUGUCGGCAACCACGGCGAGGCUUUCAUUGACCGACCAGGCAAGAUCAUGUAUGCGCCAAUGGACUUCGCCAUUGUCGUCGGCUGGAAGGCUAUCACCAAGCCCAUCUUCCCCCGCACCAUCGACGGUGACUUGCUGAAGCUUGUCCACCUUUCGAACGAGUUCCGCAUGUUGCCUGGCGCCGAACCUCUCAAGAAGGGCGACCAGCUUACGACCACUGCUCGCGUUAAUGCUGUGAUUAACCAGGAGUCUGGGAAGAUGGUCGAGGUCUGCGGCACCAUCGAGCGUGACGGUGAGGACGUCAUGGAGGUGACAUCUCAGUUCUUGUACCGUGGUAACUACACCGAUUUCGAGAACACCUUCCAGCGCAAGACCGAGACGCCGAUGCAGAUGCACCUUGCUACUCCCAAGGAUGUCGCUGUGCUGAAGUCCAAGGAGUGGUUCCAGGUCGAUGACAAGGCCCUUAACCUGGACCUGCUCGGCAAGGUCCUGAUUUUCCGUCUGGAGUCCCUCGUGCGUUACAAGACCAAGACCACCUACAGCAGCGUCGAGACCCGCGGCCAGGUUGUCCUUGAGCUCCCGACAAAGGAGAUCGUGCAGGUUGCAUCUGUUGACUAUUCCUCGGGCGUGUCGCAUGGCAACCCAGUCAUCGACUAUCUGCAGCGCAAUGGCGCAUCUAUCGAGCAGCCCGUCAUGUUCGAGAACCCGAUUCCUCUCAGCGGUAAGACCCCUCUGCAGCUCAGAGCCCCAGCGUCCAACGAGGGAUAUGCUCGUGUGUCUGGUGACUACAACCCCAUCCACGUCUCGCGAGUCUUCGCCACCUAUGCCAACCUGCCUGGCACCAUCACACACGGCAUGUACUCCAGCGCUGCUGUGCGAAGUCUGGUAGAGACCUGGGCAGCCGAGAACAACGUGGGCCGUGUCCGAAGCUUCCACGCCUCCCUCGUUGGCAUGGUGCUGCCCAACGAUGAGAUCCAGGUCAAGAUGCAGCAUGUGGGCAUGGUGGCUGGACGCAAGAUCGUCAAGGUCGAGGCCAGCAACAAGGAGACCGAGGAGAAGGUCCUCCUUGGUGAGGCCGAGGUCGAGCAGCCUGUGACCGCCUACGUCUUCACCGGCCAAGGCUCCCAGGAGCAGGGCAUGGGUAUGGAUCUGUACAACAGCAGUGACGUGGCCAAGGAAGUCUGGGACCGCGCGGACAAGUACCUCAUGGACACUUAUGGCUUCGCCAUCACCAACAUCGUGAAGAACAACCCCAAGGAGCUCACGAUCCACUUUGGUGGCCCGCGUGGAAAGGCCAUCCGGGCCAACUACAUGGCGAUGACCUUCGAGACGGUGGCAGCAGACGGCACCAUCAAGUCUGAGCGUAUCUUCAAGGAGAUCAACGAGAGCACCCCAUCUUACACGUACAAGUCGCCCAGCGGUCUUCUGUCGGCCACCCAGUUCACACAGCCUGCCCUGACACUGAUGGAGAAGGCAUCCUUCGAGGACAUGAAGGCCAAGGGUCUUGUUCCCCGCGACAACACCUUUGCCGGACACUCCCUGGGCGAGUACAGCGCCCUCGCGGCGCUGGCCGAGGUCAUGCCAAUCGAGUCCCUGGUAUCGGUCGUCUUCUACCGUGGUCUGACGAUGCAGGUCGCUGUGGAGCGUGAUGCCUCGGGCCGCUCCAACUACUCCAUGUGCGCUGUCAACCCCAGCCGUAUCUCCAACACGUUCAACGAGGACGCCCUGCGUUUCGUUGUUGCCAAUGUUGCCGAGGCGACUGGCUGGCUGCUGGAGAUUGUCAACUUCAACAUCGCCAACAUGCAGUACGUGUGUGCUGGUGACCUCCGUGCCCUGGACACGCUAGGAUUUGUGUGCAACUACCUCAAGGUGCAGAAGAUCAACAUCGAGAAGAUGAUGGGCGAGAUGUCGAUCGAUGAGGUGAAGGGCCACCUGGUGCAGAUCAUCCAGGAGGGUGCAUCGCAGACGGAGAAGAAGCCCAAGCCGCUGGAGCUCGAGAGGGGAUUCGCCACGAUCCCGCUCAAGGGCAUCGACGUGCCAUUCCACUCGACCUUCCUGCGCAGCGGUGUCAAGCCCUUCCGGUCCUUCCUGCUCAAGAAGAUCAACAAGACCACCAUCGACCCGUCGAAGCUGGUGGGCAAGUACAUCCCCAACGUCACGGCCAAGCCAUUUGCCCUGACCAAGGAGUACUUUGAGGACGUGUACAAGCUGACCAAUUCGCCCCGCAUUGCCAACGUGCUGGCGAACUGGGAUUCGUACCAAGGUGAUGGCACCGGACCGGUCGAGGGUGUCAACGGCGCCACGGCUGUUAAUGGCAGCAACGGGAUCAACGGCACCAACGGUGUGCACGCGGAGUAG